AAAGUUUUCAUUAUGUGUGGAGUUUGUAAAAGAGCUAGCCACAAAUGUCUUUAAUUACACAUUGAUAAUGGAAAUUAAAAAAUACGACACUGAUAUAUUUUAAUAUGUCAUAGCAAGUGAUUUGUCUUCUUUUUCUAGGUCAAUAAUCCUAUAUUUUUUUAAAAGUUUUUUUAGGUUUCUAAUACUAUUUUUUUUUAACUUUUAGUUAUUUUUUGAGUGACCUGAUAGUAUAAAAUUGUUUUUGUUUGUCAAUGUAUAAACUCUUACUUUAUGAGCCAUUCCCAUGCUAUAUUUACCUACUUAUUACUUCAUUCUACAUCCUCCAUUUGUUUAUGAACUUUUAUUAGUUCAACUCUAAGUGACUCUUAGCCUUGUCCUAGAACAAAGAUAAAAGUUCCAAACCUCCAAUGCUAUGUUUGGACUCUAAGUAAUGUGUUAUAUGUACUAAUAACACACCAUAUUUUUGAGCUUAUUUUUGCCUCCCAAAGAAGCAGAUAAAGCAACAUGAAAUAUGUAUUCUUAUAGCAGCAACCUAACAAUCUAUUCUUUCUUGAUUUGAAGAAGUAGAAUCUUGAUUUUUUUCCUCCGAUGGAUUCGUUCAAGCAAACAUCAACAGGUUUUCUAUACAACCCUGAUUUAAGUACAGAUUCAGAAUCUGAAUUCUCAGGAGUUCUUGAAAUUCAUGUCCACCAUGCUAGGAACAUUCACAAUAUCUGCAUCUAUAACAAUCAAGAUGUGUACGCCAAAUUUUCACUUACGUACAAUCCUGAUGAAGCUAUAUCAACAAGGAUCAUAAAUGGUGGUGGCAAAAAUCCAGAUUUCAAUGAAGAUUUAGCAAUGAAAGUUUCCCAAGUUGAUUCCAUCCUCAAAUGUGAAAUUUGGAUGCUUAGUAGAGCCAAAGCCUUGAUGGAAGAUCAACUCUUGGGAUUUGCUUUAGUUCCUAUUUCUUCAGUUGUUGGCAAAGGAAAAACCACUCAAGAUUUUAGCCUUUCUUCAACUGAUUUGUUUCAUUCCCCUGCUGGUAUAGUUAAACUGUCCCUUUUCUUGAAUACCAACAACCUCAUUUCAGUAUCAAAAAACAAUCCUUCGUGUUCACCGUCAUCUUCUUCUUCUAUAAGUUCAGAAGUUGUGUUACUAGACAGAAAUACAUGUCAAGCUAUUCUUGAUCCAGUUGAGUAUUCAAGAAUAGAGUUCCCUGAGAUCAGUUUAGUUAAAGAGAAUCAAGAAAUGGUGUCUCAAUAUUUUGACUUGGGAGGUUCAUUUCUCCAACUUGCUGCAUUCCACAGUCAUCAUGAUGAUGAUCAACAACAACAGCCACAAGAUGACUAUGAAAUGGAUGCAAUGAAUCCAUCAGAAGAUGAUAUUUCUCCUAAACAAACUUCUUGGUUCCUUAGCUCCUCAAGUUCUCUAAGUGAUGAGAGGAACUCAGCAGAUUCCUCCCCAGAUAAACACAGCAAUGAUAUCAAAAAGGACUCAAUUAAGAAAGAAAAUGAAGAAUUGAAAGAACCCCAUGUGCUUUUCUCAGCUCCAUUAGGGAAUAUCAUCAAGAUUGAUGCAGAACAAUCAGGUAUGCAACAGCAGAUAGUGGAUAUGUACAUGAGAAGUAUGCAGCAGUUUACCGAGUCGUUAGCAAAGAUGAAACUACCAAUGGACUUGGAUAAAGCUGAUCAGAAAGAUCAUGGAAGCUCAUCAUCAGAUACGAACAACAACAGGAAAGAAAAUUCAAGAGUAUUUUAUGGUAGCAGAGCCUUCUUUUGAACUAUGUCUCAUCAUGGUAUUCAAUAUCUGCUUUUAGCACUAAAAGUAACUUUAUAGUAGUUAUUCCCAUAAGAGAAUUGCUCUCAUUAGCCAAAAUUCCAUAUAUGAUUUUGAUUCAAGUUUUUCUUGCAACUGAGUUAUGUAUGUAAAAGUGAAUUAUUCAUGAAGAUUGAAAUUGUUGAAGGAAAUUUUGUUCAUUUUCAA